AUGCUCCGCCUCCGCAGCUCCAUCCUCACCCAGACCUUCUCCUCUUCCUCCGCCGCCUUCCCCAACAACUGCUCUCUACAUCGCCACCUCUUCGCCACCGCCGUGCCCCUCAACUCUCCAAGCCCUAGCAUCGGCGACGUGGACUACGACUACCUCGUCGACACCUGCGACCUCACCUCGAGAAACGCCUCCUGGGCCUACACGAAGCUCUACCACCUCAAGUCCACCUCCAACCCCGACGCCGUGCGCGCCUUCCUCGCCGGCCUCGGCCUCUCCCACGUCGGCGUCGCCACCCUCAUCGCCAAGGACCCCGAGUUCCUCUGCGCCAAAGUCGACAAAACCCUGUCCCCCAAAGUCGCGGCGAUUGUCGGCCUCGGCCUGUCGCGUCCCGACAUCGCGCGCCUCCUCCCGCUCGUCCCCAGGCAAUUUCGAAGCAAAACCAUCGUCUCCAAGCUGCAGCACUACCUGCCACUCUUUGGCUCCUCCGAUAACCUCCUCCGGGCUCUGCGGACCAACGCCUACCUUCUCUCGCCGGACCUCGACAAGGCUGUCAAGCCCAACACCGAGUUCCUGCAUGAGUGCGGGCUGCGCGACGCUGAGAUUGGCGAGCUGUGCGUUCGCGUGCAGUGGAUGCUGACCUCCAACCCGGAGCGUGUCCGGGCGAUGGUGGCAAUCGCCGAAGGUACUCUAGGUGUGCCCCGUGGCUCUGGGAUGUUCGCGCAAGCGCUCCAGGCUAUCGGAUUCCGCACCAAGGAGAACCUCACCGCCAAAGUGGAGUACCUGAAGAACACAUUCAGGUGGUCAGAUGCCGGUUCGUGCCAAAUCCGGUGCAAAAGCUCUUUUGGGCAAAAAAACCAAAGUCCUUGUUUCUACUAG